AUGAAGUUGCUCACCCCUGAGUCUCUAUGGAACCAACAGGAGCAUCUGGAGCCCACCGUCAAAGUGCCAUUGUAUCUGAGGCUACCGACCGAUGACAUCAUCAGGUUCUCUCUCUUCGAAAAUCAGACUAUUAGGGUGAGUGAUUUUUUUUAAAUGUACUUUUGGUAUUUCAAGUUGCUUUAUUGUAGUUAGUUACUAUCUUGAUUAUCCAUAUGAACUGUUUACUUCUGAAUCAAUCACAUUCUGUCUCUUUUCUUUUUGUUUUCGAGACAAGGUAUUAAUUAUCAAGGUUUUAAGUUACUUAGCAGAGCAUUACAAUCUAUUAAUAAACAUGUUUUAACGUCAAAUUGCAUUGCCUUUAUUAAUAUAAUGUUAUUACUGUAACAUAUGUAGCAUAAAACAUUGUGAUCUUUCUCAAUAUUUCCAAAGUGUAUGAAUAAUAUACUAAUAAUUUUGAAAAUAAUUGAUUUUUUUUCAAUUUCAGCCGAUCUACGAUGUGAUGACACAUCAAGGUCUGUCGCUUCUGGACCACAAACUUCUGCUUCAGAAUCCCCACUGUGAAUUGGAAAUCAGCCGGUCGACUGCCAAUAUGACCCUGUACGAACUGAACAUACGACCGAACGAAGUGAUUCAUGUGAUACGAUGCUAA